CAGCGCCGACUCGCUGUCCAGUGCCUCCACUUCUCAUUCAGAGAACUCGGUGCAUACAAAAUCAGCUUCUCUUGUAUCAUCAGAUUCCAUUUCAACUUCGGCAGACAACUUUUCUCCUGAUUUGAGGGUCCUGAGGGAGUCAAACAAAUUAGCAGAAAUGGAAGAACCACCCUUGCUGCCAGGAGAAAAUAUUAAAGACAUGGCCAAAGAUGUAACUUACAUAUGUCCCUUCACUGGUGCAGUACGAGGAACGCUGGCUGUCACAAAUUACAGAUUAUAUUUCAAGAGCAUAGAACGGGAUCCCCCAUUUGUUCUAGAUGCUUCACUUGGAGUGAUUAGUAGAGUAGAAAAAAAAAUUGGCGGUGCUUCUAGCCGAGGUGAAAAUUCAUACCGACUGGAAACUGUGUGCAAGGAUAUUAGGAAUUUACGUUUUGCUCAUAAGCCUGAGGGGCGAACAAGGAGAUCCAUAUUUGAGAAUCUAAUGAAAUAUGCAUUUCCCAUCUCCAACAGCCUGCCUCUUUUUGCUUUUGAAUAUAAAGAAGUCUUCCCUGUAGAUGGCUGGAAACCAUAUGACCCUCUUUUAGAGUACAAGGGAAUUCCAAAUGAAAGCUGGAGAAUAACAAAGAUAAAUGAACACUAUGAACUUUGUGACACGUAUCCUGCUGUCUUGGUGGUGCCGGCAAACAUUCCUGAUGAGGAAUUGAAAAGAGUGGCAACCUUCAGGUCAAGGGGACGGAUCCCAGUUUUAUCAUGGAUUCACCCUGAAAGUCAAGCCACUAUCACUAGAUGCAGCCAGCCCAUGGUAGGAAUAAGUGGGAAGCGAAGCAAAGAAGAUGAGAAAUAUCGUCAAGCCAUCAUGGAUUCCAAUGCCCAGUCGCACAAAAUCUUUAUAUUUGAUGCCGGGCCAAGUGUUAAUGCUGUCGCAAAUAAGGCAAAGGGUGGAGGUGAUAAAAGUGAAGAUGCCUAUCAAAAUGCAGAACUAGUUUUUCUGGGUAUUCACAAUCUUCAUGUUAUGAGAGAAUCACUAUGGAAACUUAAGGAGAUUGUGUAUCCUAACAUUGAGGAAACUCACUGGUUGUCUAACUUGGAAUCCACUCACUGGCUGGAACAUAUUGAGCUCAUUCUCGCAGGGGCUCUUAGGAUUGCUGACAAGGCGGAGUCAGGGAAAUCUGUGGUGGUGCUCUGCAGUGACCGCUGGGAUCGCACAGCUCAGCUCACCGCGCUGGCCAUGCUCAUGUUGGAUGGAUACUGCCGAACCACACGAGGAUUUGAAGUUCUCGUGGAGAAAGAGUGGCUGAGCUUUGGACAUCGGUUCCAACUAAGAGUUGGCCAUGGAGAUAAGAACCACGCAGAUACAGACAGAUCACCUGUUUUCCUUCAAUUUAUUGAUUGUGUCUGGCAAAUGACAAGACAGUUUCCUACCGCAUUUGAAUUCAACGAAUAUUUUCUCAUUACUAUUUUGGACCACCUAUACAGCUGUUUAUUUGGAACAUUCCUUUGUAACAGUGAACAGCAGAGAGGAAAAGAGAAUCUUCCUAAAAGGACUGUUUCACUGUGGUCUUACAUAAAUAGCCAGCUGGAAGACUUCACUAAUCCUCUCUAUGGGAGCUACUCAAAUCAUGUCCUUUAUCCAGUCGCCAGCAUGCGCCACCUAGAGCUCUGGGUGGGAUAUUACAUAAGGUGGAACCCACGGAUGAAGCCACAGGAACCUAUUCAUAGCAGAUAUAAAGAACUUCUUGCUAAGCGAGCAGAGCUUCAGAAAAAAGUCGAGGAACUCCAGAGAGAAAUUUCCAACCGAUCAACCUCAUCCUCAGAGACAGCCAGCUCUCCUGCACAGUGUGUUACUCCUGUCCAGACUGUUGUAUGAAAGGACUAUUAGUUGGGGGCAUCAUUGCUCCAAACUCUUCAUUAAAGUGGCAGCUCUAUGAGUGGAAGCCCUUCUGUACUGAGAACCCAUCCAU